AUUGCCUAAGCAUAUUUCCAACUUUUUACAGUAGCAGAGCAAACCAGUUGCUAAAGGAAGAAAAUGACAAUGAGAAUGAGAUCCAUCCAGGCAUUGUGCUUCCUCAUGGUACUGAUCAUGGUGAAAAAAACCACCUGUUCCACGAAAAACCUGAAACUGACACAUUUUCAAGCCAUGAUAGCACAGAAACAGGCCAUCAGUCCUGCCCCGCAAUCAUCUCCUCCAGACAUCAGUAUCAAAAGAGAGGGGAGAGUGUUCUAUCCAAUUGGGUAUGGGGCAGACCCAACAGGGAAACAAGACAGCAGUGAUGCCAUUCUGCAAGCCCUGAAUGAUGCAUUCCAUGUUCAGAGUGGUCUUGUUCUGCUCCCUGGUGUCAAUGACUUGGGUGGAAUCGAGAUCGAUCUGCAAGGCGGAGACUACAGAAUCGGCAAACCUCUUAGGUUCCCUCCCGGAGCCAAUGUUUUGGUCAGUAUUAGUCCAUUUCUGAAUAAUAACUAUUUUGGCAUGCUUAGAGCCAGUUGGCAGUGUUUGUGGACAGGUUUGAGUCUGCUUUUCUCUUUUCCUUUCUUCGAUAUUGGAGACGGUACAUUUGAACCACAGGUAAAAGGAGGAACUUUGAGAGCAACGGGCACAUUUCCCGGUGACCGGUAUCUAAUCGAACUAUGGUCACCGGAUUCUCGCCCCCUUUUUCAGACCAACGGUAAUUUAACCGGUCGGAAAGAUUUUAACAGGGACAGAAUUCGCUAUGAAGACAUCACCUUCAGGGACAUCCUGUUUGAUUCAAGUUUCAGAGCAGGAGGGAUUUUCAUUAUAGAUUCAGCCAGGAUCCGCAUUGACAAUUGCAUGUUUAUUCGUUUCUUAACAGAAGGAAUUCGGGUUAAAAGAGGCCAUGAGACUUACAUUUCAAGCAGCUUCCUGGGACAACAUCUGACCGUCGGCUCAGACCCUGAUGAGAAGGAUUGCUCUGGCACAGCCAUUGAUCUUGACGGAAAUGAUAAUGCUGUGACGGAUGUUGCAAUCUUUUCAGCAGCCAUUGGGAUCUUACUGAAAGGACAGGCUAAUAUAAUCACUGGGGCGCAUUGUUACAACAAGGCUACAUAUUGGGGAGGUAUAGGAAUUUUGGUGAAAUCAACCCCUGGGUCUUCAUCCCUGACCAGGAUUGACAAUUGCUACUUAGAUUUCACAGCUAUAGUCAUGGAAGACCCUUUUCAAGUCCAUGUUACCAAUGGAUUGUUCUUAGGAGAUGCUAAUGUUGUGAUCAAGUCAGUCCGUGGUACAAUUUCUGGGCUUAACAUAGUGGACAAUAUGUUUACUAGUGAAUCACAUAAAGGGGUUCCAAUAGUCCGUCUGGAUGGCAACUUCUCCAGCAUUGAUCAGGUGGUGAUAGACCGUAACAAUGCCAUUGGUAUGAGCUUGAAAUCUACAGUCGGAAGAUUGACAGUAGCCGGAAAUGGGACCAAAUGGGUGGCUGAUUUUUCACCAGUACUCGUUUUCCCAAGCAAAAUUAAUCAUCUUCACUAUUCGUUUUACAUUCAAGGUGGAGUACCUUCAUCUUUCCCUAGACAUGCUGCAACCACUGUGUCCAAUAAUGUAGUAGUUGUAGAGAGUAAUGUACAAGUAAAUGGGGUGGUUUCUAUGGUUGUGGAUCAGUAUAAUAUGAUAGGAGAGAAAAGUGCUUUCCUGUGAAAACAAAUGUUUUCCGUUCUUUGGAUAAACAUUAAUGGCUAAGUCAAGAAAUUUUCGGUGUUCCUGUGGCAGGAUCUAGUUUGCUUAUGAAUCUGCCAGAGGAACUGGCAUAUACCAUUCAGUAGUGCUGGAUAUUGCUUUUGAUACCUUUGCAAAAGCACUUUUGUAAUGGCAUAAAAUCUUGGUCCACCA